UCCUGUUAUAAAAACAUUAUUUGUUUGUUGCAGGGUUUAGGGUUCUGCCGAUUAUUAUUAUUAUAUAGAUUUCCGGCGACAAAAUGCAACCGCAACAACCACCGGCGUCCAAGCCUCCUCUCAGUGCAAUCACCACCGAACAGAUUCAGAAGUGCCUUGAAGACAACAAAAAUCUGAUUAUGGCUAUAUUGGAAUGUCAGAAACUUGGGAGGUUUCAGGAAUGUGCUCAGUACCAAGCUGUGCUCCAAAAGAACUUAAUGUACCUGGCUGCCAUUGCUGAUGCUCAACCACCAACACCCCAGACACCGAAUCCUUCACAGGUAACGCAAACGCCACCGAAUCCCACAAUGCAGCAACCUGGUGGUGGUCAGAAACUGCCAUUUCAGGUUAACUCCAUCUACACCCAAGAUCAACAACAACAACAACAGCAGUUGCUUUUGCAGCAACAGCAACAGUUUCAGGCACAAGCGGGGAUCAGGGCUGGUGUCCAGCAUGGCUUGUUUGGGAUGCAGUCUCCUGAGGUGGCUUAUGGUGGAGGAGAUGGCAGAGGCUUCUUCUUUGACAAUGGCAGCUUUAGGGAUUCAUGAGCAGCACUUAUUUUAUUUAUACCUUGCUUUGGUUUAUUAAUUUGUUUUCAGUGAAAACUAGAUUGGAACUGGACCAUUUGUAAAUGAAACCAACUCUUUGUUUUGGAGAUA